CUGUCAGGCAGGCCCUCACUCCUCCCACAGCUCCAGCCUCAUCUAUAAGGUCUGGGGAGAGGAAGAGCCACCACUGCUUCCAGACCUAUGCUUAGGAUGAAGACGGCUCUGCUACUCCUUCUUGCUGUGGCUGCAGUCACUAGCCCAGCCUGUGCACUCCGUUGUCAUGUAUGCAGCAGCAGCGCGAACUGUAAACAACCCCAGAUCUGCCCAGCCAACUCCCAGUAUUGCAAAACCGUCACCACAGUGGACGCUCUGUCGGGGAAUCUGGUGAAGAAAGACUGUGUAGACUCGUGCACUUCCAACAACAGCCAGCAGGGCCAGAUCAGCAGCGGCUCCUGGGUCAUACAAUGCUGCCAGGGUGACCUGUGCAACGAGAGGCUGUACAACGCUGCACCUGCAUGCGCCCUGUCCAGCAAUGCCGCCCUGGGCCUAGCAACCAGCCUGGGCCUCCUCGCCCUCAUGACUCUUGGCCUGUAACACACCGCUUGGCAUUUUCCUUGACCCUUCCUUUCUGGUUCCCAGGGUCCCCAUGGCUUCCUCCGUGGCCAUGACAUGGACUUCCUUUAAAGGCUGGGGACUGGGUCUUGGAGGGCACCAAGAACUAGUGACAUAACACAGUCUCUGCCCCAGAACAGGAAGGUUUUACCCGCUCCCCAGCAUGGAAGAUGGGGGACAGACAUGACUCCAUCCCCUCUGAUUUUGUACUCGUUCCAUUUAUUUUUCUACUUAGAAAUAAAUGAUCUAGAAAUAU